GCUGAGCGCUGGGAGUAGAGCCAGUGGCUUGGCUGCUGUUGUGAGUUCCCCUUGGGCCACGUGAGGGCUGUUUACAGGAGAAGGAAGCCGCAGUGAGACAGCAGAUGCUUCUGAAAAACAGCUUCUUUUCAGGAGAACAAAGUCAUGCGGGAAGAGGACGAUGUCUGCUCAGAGGCUGGCUUCUGUAUAGGCACUGCCCUGCGUUCCUGGGGGCUGCAGUUCAUGGAGGAGCAUUCACAGUCCACCAUGCUGAUCGGAAUUGCAAUUGGAGCCCUCCUGGCCCUAGCCUUUGUCAGUAUUGCUGUCUUUUUUGUAUACAGAAGGGUUAACCGAUUCCGACAAGUGCACCCCACUCCUCAGUACAGGUUCCGAAAGCGGGACAAAGUGAUGUUUUAUGGUCGGAAGAUCAUGAGGAAGGUUACCACACUCCCCCACACACUUGUGGGGAACACAGCAGCACCCCGGCAGCGGGCCAGGAAGAGAACUAAGGUGCUAUCUUUGGCCAAGAGAAUUCUACGUUUCAAGAAGGAAUACCCCACCCUGCAGCCGAAGGAGCCCCCACCUUCGCUGUUGGAGGCUGAUCUCACAGAGUUUGAUGUGAAAAAUUCUCAUCUGCCAUCAGAAGUUCUGUACAUGCUGAAAAAUGUUCGGGUCCUAGGCCACUUUGAGAAGCCACUGUUCCUGGAGCUGUGCAAACACAUGGUCUUUGUGCAGCUGCAUGAGGGGGAGCACAUCUUUCAGCCAGGAGAGCCAGACACCAGCAUCUACGUGGUGCAGGAUGGGCGGCUGGAAGUCUGCAUCCAGGACGCUGAUGGCACUGAGGUGGUAGUCAAAGACGUGUUGGCAGGAGACAGCGUGCACAGCCUCCUCAGCAUUCUGGAUGUCAUCACUGGUCACACUGCACCUUACAAAACAGUCUCUGCCCGAGCAGCGGCCCCAUCCACCAUCCUUCGGCUUCCAGCUGUGGCUUUUCAAGGAGUUUUUGAGAAAUAUCCUGAAACACUGGUGAGGGUGGUACAGAUCAUUAUGGUGCGGCUGCAGAGGGUGACAUUCCUGGCUCUGCACAACUACCUGGGCCUGACCACAGAGCUGUUCAAUCCCGAGAGCCAGGCCAUCCCUCUUGUGUCUGUAGCCAGUGUGGCUUCUGGACGGACCAAAAGGCAGGUGUUUUGUGGCACAGAGGAGCGUCUUGAGAAACCUGUACAGCCCCAAGAUCCUUGCACCUCAGGUGCAGAUGGUGAGGUGGCCUGGAAGUUUGUCUGCAGGUGCACAGGUGCUGAGGAGGGCCAUGCCUGGGCCGUGCACUGCAAUCAAGGGGGCAGCUGUCCAGCAGCCUCUGGGCAUUUGCUGAAGAGGAGUUACUCUGUCCCUUUGCCUUCUGUCCAUGAGGAGGUCUCAGAAAAGCUUGGGCAGUCCCAGGCAAGAGAUUCUGCUCUUCCAGGCCCACCAGGGGGCCACAAUGGGGCGACCUCAGACCUGGGGAUGACUUGUGACCGUGCCAGGGUCUGGCUGCACUCAGACCUUCCUGGGAACUCCAUGGCCAGCAAGUCCAAGAAAAACACGAUGGGUGCAGAGGUUCCCUCUUCUCUCCUCCACUACUCAGAGUGUCGCUGGGACCCACAUGGCUCCAGCGGGAAGACGGACGCUAUCUUCCGAGCAGCCAAGGAGGACCUGCUCACCCUGAUGAAGCUGGACGACCCAUCCCUAUUAGAUGGCCGGGUAGAGUUUCUCCAUGUCCCUGCAGGCACCGUGGUGUCAAGACAGGGAGACCAGGAUGUCAACACCUUGUUUGUGGUCUCGGGGCUGCUGCACGUGUACCAGCAGAAGAUUGACAGCCAGGAGGAUACCUGCCUGUUCCUCACGCACCCUGGGGAGAUGGUGGGCCAGCUGGCAGUGCUCACAGGAGAGCCCCUUAUGUUCACCAUCAGGGCCAACAGGGAUUGCAGCUUCUUGUCCAUCUCCAAGGCCCACUUCUAUGAGAUCAUGCGGAAGCAGCCGUCAGUUGUCCUGGCCGUGGCACACACUGUAGUGAAGAGGAUGUCGUCCUUCGUGCGGCAGAUUGAUUUCGCGCUGGACUGGAUGGAGGUAGAGGCUGGGCGUGCCAUAUACAGGCAGGGAGAUAAGUCUGACUGCACAUACAUCGUCCUGAGUGGUCGACUGCGCUCUGUCAUCUGCAAGGAUGAUGGGAAAAAGCGCCUGGCAGGGGAGUAUGGCCGUGGAGACCUCAUUGGUGUGGUGGAGACGCUGACCCAUCAGGCCAGGGCAACCACGGUGCAUGCUGUUCGGGACUCAGAACUGGCCAAGCUGCCUGCAGGAGCCCUGACAUCUAUCAAGCGCAGAUAUCCACAGGUGGUGACUCGGUUGAUUCAUCUCUUGGGAGAGAAGAUCCUGGGAAACCUCCAGCAGGGAUCUGUGACAGGCCACCAGCUUGGGCUCCACACAACAGGCAGCAAGUGGGACAUAGGUAGCCCAGCUGGCAACCUGUCCACCGUGGCUGCGAUGCCCGUGUCUGAGGACGUGCCACUUACCACCUUUGCACUGGAGCUCCAGCAUGCCCUCAGUGCCAUUGGUCCAGUAUUGCUGCUGACCAGUGACAACAUUAAACAGCGCCUUGGCUCAGCUGCUCUAGACAGCCUCCACGAGUACCGGCUGUCCAGCUGGCUGGGGCAGCAGGAGGACAUCCACCGGAUCGUACUCUACCAGGCAGACUGCACGCUCACACCCUGGACCCAGCGCUGCAUCCGGCAGGCAGACUGCAUCCUCAUUGUGGGCCUGGGCGAGCAGGAGCCCACCGUAGGUGAGCUGGAGCGGAUGCUGGAAAGCACAGCCGUGCGUGCCCAGAAGCAGCUGGUCCUACUGCACAGGGAGGAUGGUCCAGGGCCAGCCCGCACCGUGGAGUGGCUCAACAUGCGGAGCUGGUGCUCCGGCCACCUGCACCUCUGCUGCCCACGCCGUGUCUUCUCUAGGAGGAGCUUGCCCAAGCUGAUGGAGAUGUACGAGCGUGUCUUCCAGCGACCCCCAGACCGGCACUCGGACUUCUCCCGCCUGGCACGGGUGCUGACUGGCAACGCUAUUGCCUUGGUGCUUGGAGGAGGGGGAGCGAGGGGCUGCGCCCAGGUGGGCAUCCUCAGGGCCCUGGCAGAGUACAGCAUCCCCGUGGACAUGGUUGGAGGGACAUCCAUUGGGGCCUUCAUGGGUGCCCUGUACUCUGAAGAGAGGAACUACAGCCAGAUGAGGAUUCGGGCCAAGCAGUGGGCUGAGGACAUGACAUCAGUGGUGAAAACCAUUCUGGACCUGACUUACCCGAUCACAUCCAUGUUCUCUGGAGCAGGCUUCAACAGCAGCAUCUGCAGCAUCUUCAGGGACCGGCAGAUUGAGGACCUGUGGCUCCCCUACUUCGCUGUCACCACCGACAUCACAGCCUCUGCCAUGCGGGUCCACACAGAUGGCUCUCUGUGGCGGUAUGUGCGUGCCAGCAUGUCCCUGUCAGGUUACAUGCCGCCCCUCUGCGACCCCAAGGACGGACACCUGCUGAUGGAUGGAGGCUAUAUCAACAACCUCCCAGCGGAUGUGGCCCGAUCCAUGGGGGCAAAGGUGGUGAUCGCCAUCGACGUGGGCAGCCGGGAUGAGACAGACCUUACCAACUAUGGCGAUGCGCUCUCUGGGUGGUGGCUGCUGUGGAAACGGUGGAACCCCCUGGCCACCAAAGUCAAGGUGCUGAACAUGGCUGAGAUUCAGACGCGCCUGGCCUACGUUUGCUGCGUCCGGCAGCUGGAGAUGGUGAAGAACUGUGACUACUGCGAGUGCCUGCGGCCCCCCAUCGACAGCUAUCGUACCCUGGACUUUGGCAAGUUUGAUGAGAUCUGUGAAGUAGGUUACCAACACGGGCGGACAGUGUUUGGCCUCUGGGCUCGAAGUGGAGUGCUAGAGAAGAUGCUGCAGGACAGGCAGGGGCCAAGCAAGAGGAAGGCCUGUGUGAUCCCCACUUGCCCCAAUGCCUCCUUCACGGACCUUGCUGAGAUCGUGUCCCGCAUUGAGCCUGCCAAGAUGGCCACAGUGGAUGGAAGGGGACCAAUGAGGCCCUCCUCUCUGCUCCAGACGAAUCUGACUACCAGACUGAGUAUGAGGAGGAGAUGCCAGAAAUCCCCAAGGACACAUACGCGGACUUCCAGAGCACCCAGGCAGAGCUGGGCUCUGACUUGGAGGGAGAGCCCAUGCUGCAGCAUCCGCACCCUGGCCUGGCUUCCCCACAACAACCCCAGGACAAUUCAUCUUCCUGGCUCCCUGGCCAGACUGCAGAGUAGCCGCUGCUCUGAUGCUCCCCAGAAUCCAGCAUCUCCUGGGAGCCUGACUUCAAGACUGAGGCUCCACCCACUCCUGGGAGGCCACUUUACCCACCUGACAAGAGAAGCCUCAGCCAGCUGGCCAGCCUGUCAAGUCUUUACCCCCAGCCUGGGCUCUUUUCUGCACCCUCUGUGCCUCUUUUCUGCACUGGCACCCCUGCACCCCUGGGGAGAUGAGCCAGCCUCCCGCCAUCCCCCAUGAAGUUUCUGUGAGGUGUGGGAACCCCAGAUUGGCAUGUUAAUAAAGGUAGAUCUGAUUGUGUGGA